AGGAUAAAAAUAUAUUAUGUUUAUAAUAUUGAUAUGGUGACCUAAAGAAACUUUUGUGGUGGACCAAAAUCCAAAAGGAUGAAUCUUAACCACACGGUAUUCAUCCUGGUCUUUUCUUUGGUUUUAAAUGUCCAUUUCGUGUUCAGUUUCCUUCCCUCCUCGGAGAGUAUGGACGGACGGUCAGAUUUCACCCAUGGCAGUAUCACAGAGGAAGGGAUAUACAAAGCGGUGGCCGAGGUUAUCAUAGAAAAAGUCAAACCUGGAACCUACCACUCCAACAGUCACACGGACAAAGUGAAAGCGUUCUUUAAUUUAGAUAAUAUAUCCAAACAUGAAUUUGAGAAGACUGUACAUUAUAUUGUGAAUAAAGUCAAUUCCGCCCAGCGCUUAUAUAGCUCUGAUGCUUCAAGAACAAUGAGUUGCGAACAGAUUUCUGCAGGCAACAUCUUACUCCACUUAUUGAGAGCUAAAAUUAUCCAACUCUGCAGAACCAGGUCCACUGACUGGGGCCCAAUAAGGGACAUAUUGGGAGAAUAUCUCUUUACCCUCCAAGAAUUCUACAGCAACACAAACUGGGUGGAGAUGUCUGGCAGCAAACCUUACACAGAACUGGGCGUGCAGGAACGUCUUUCUAUAAAAAUAUCUGACGCAAAGGAAGCAAUGUGCACCAGCUGCAAUCAUUCCAAAAUUACUUUACAUACCAAUUCGUGUGCCAGCAAUCUGAUGAAAAAUGGCCACCUCACUAGUGGAUACACAUCGGACCAACAUAUAAUAAAACCAUACAAUAGCUUUCCCGCCCACGCGGGUAAAUGUAGCCAUGGCGGUCCCAGUGACGUAUAUCGGGGGUUUCCCGCCACUGGGGGGAUUAACAAGGAGACCUCAGACCCCGGACUCUCUCCCCAUUACCACCUUCACACCGAGGCCGGCCGGGCGGCAGUACAGGCGACCGCAGACUUCUUAGUGGGACAAGAAACUGGUCUAUUGUACCAGAUUGGUUUGGAACAGACAAUGGGCAUACUAGGGUUAGAUUACAGACAACGCUGCUACAACUGUCUGUCGCCUGCUCUGUCUGUUGUAUUUGUAAUUGAUGACGCCAUUGAUGACGCUGGGUCGGUGAGUGGACAACUACAAGAGGCUUUCAGACACAGUGUCGCCAUUGUCAACCAAGCUCGUGUUUCCACGGCUCCAUUCAACUACAUCUUGUCUACUACUGGGAACAAAGAACAUGGUCUGUUUGUAACAACAAAUGGUGAAGAAUUCAAAAACCGCCUUCAGUUUCUGCAGUCUAGCAAUGGCAGCAAUAGAUCGAAGACAACGCUGCAUGCCACACUAAAUGCUAUGCAACAAGCUCAACCCGGGUCCUGUAUAUUUUCGUUCGCGAGCACCGACCCAAUAGCAAACGCCAAAGGCAAGGACACAAGACUUUUGCAUGACGCCCUGUAUCUUCUAGAAAAUAAAAACCUUCAACUGAUGCAAUUUCUGCAAGGGAACAAUUCAAAUUCUCAUACUGCCGUUCAUAAAAGGAUCUCUAAUCACGUGACUGCAAGCCAAACCGAUGUACACUGUUUUGUGCCGAAUGCAAACCUGCAUAAGCAAGGCAAACGAGGAAAGCGGUCCAAUAUUUUCGAGGAGAUUGCUUUGCACACAUCGUCCAGCGUCAUACAGACCUCCCAUUCCACGCUCGGUGACAUUUUGGGACACGUUCUCCAGGAAAACAUGAAUAUUCAUACGCUGGGCGUGGACUCGUUUGAGAUGGUAUCGUUGACGACCCAUGUCUUUCACAUUGACCCCUGUAUAAUACUGUUUACAGUUAAACUGGAAGGAAGCACCUGCUCCAACAUACAACUUCUGCGUCCGGAUGGUUCAAAUCAGUCCUUUACUGGAAAUGCAUCAAAGGAUGUGAUAGAUUCUAGAACGACCAUUCUGUCAGUACAACAUCCCUUAUAUGGGGCUUGGCAGGUGAAAAAUUCUCCCAGUUCUCCAUGCCAUCUGACGGUGUCAGGGAGUGGAUGCAUUGACUUGGAUUACAAAAUUAUGGAGGAUUUACGGGGUGUCAAGUAUCCUAUCACGAGUUCCAGUCCAGUUCUUGGAAAAAAGUACACUAUUAGUGUUUCGGUGAAAGAAAUUCCUAAAAAUGUAACAACAAAUUUUCAAAUUACCGAGAUUUACAUGAAAAAGUCAGACGGCAGUACAUUGACUUCACUUCCGGUAUCAGAUUCUUCCACUGGUACUACAAGAACUGUAUCUGGCGAGGUUAUACUUUCGGAGCCUUUCUAUGUUGGAAUCAAAGGAACAAUGUCUUCGGAAACAGUGACUCGAGAAGAUCAGAAAGUAGUGACGCCUGUCGGUGGACAAAUCGAAUUUGUUCCUCCUUUUGAAACUCUUGUAUACAAUGAAGAAACAUCCGUAAGUGUUCGUGUGUCUAACGCGGGGACAGUAAAACAGACAUUCAAAUUAACAGCAGCAGACACUGCGAGAUUUCUGAUUGACGCAACAAAGCACGUGACAUUAAACGGCAACCAAUCGAAAUCGAUCGACUUCCAUCUUAGAGCUGUUCCACCAAAAACAUCCACAAAACUCACAGUGACCCUAGACAUUGAGAGAGCUAAUUCUCAAAUUGAACAAAACUUCAUGGUGUCCACUGUCAAACCACCAAAUGUAAUAGUCACCAGCCGUACUGAGAACUGUAAAAAGGACAUCAUGAACCCCAACAACUGUUCCCGCCAGCAGUGGGAGGCGGAUCUAACAGUUGUCUUCACAGCCAACAUGACGCGCCUGUACAUCUCCCCGAUAUCCGGGGCACUCGUCUUAACCUAUCAUAGAGACGCCAUUGACAAAAACAAGUUUACAGCUACCGUCAAAGGAGACUGUUGUACCUCCAAAACUUCAAUAAUCGCUGUUGAUUCUGCAGGGAACACAAAAUCAUCUUCUAUAAAUUUUUCCGGGGAAAAUGAAUUUGGCAUUAGUAGUUACAUCAAAAAACAACGAGAUAAAAUGGCCGAAGACUCUGACCCCCCGACAGUGUGGAUAGCGGUGGGGUGUGUUCUAGGUGCCAUGGCCGGCAUUGGAGCGUCAGUGGCCCUCAUAAGGAAAUACAAGCCAUUCCAGAACAAGGUGAACUCGGACCCCCCGGAUUUUCCCGAUCCUAUUCCAAAUCAAAUGAGCAAUGGCCACUCCGACAAUAGCAGAAGGAGUGUGUUUACCGGAUUUGGAUCUUAGUACUACUGAGUAUGUGCUGUCACACAGCGAAAUAAAGCUGGGAAAUACCUAAACUUUGGGGAAUGUUGAAAAACAUGUAUUGAUUUGCCAUCAUGACAUUAUCAAAUUCUAGUACAAAAAUGAUUUUGGUAUAGUAGGCAAAACCUAUUUUUGUACGUUUUUGUUUUUUAGUGAUUUGUUUUAAUCUGAUUAAAUGAAAAAUCUAUAAGCGCACACUGAUUUAGCACUUUAAAGUGUAAACUGUAUAGCAUAAAUAUAUAUGUUCACUUAUAUUAAUGCUAUAAAUUCUAUUUAUAUAACGAUUUU